CCCCUUCCUCCAGAGAGUUCCGUUUCUUUUCUCCCCCUCUUCCUCGCAGAAGGAGCGGCAAGUAAUCCGGUCGAAUUGAUAGGGGAGACGAGGAGCAGCGAUGGCCGCCGCUCGAGCCCGAUGGCGGUUCCUCGCGCUGCCCCUCGCGCUGCUCCUCGCGAUCGGCUCGUCGCGCGGCCUCGACGCGGCGCCCAAGCCCCCCGUCCCCAAGGCCAUCUCCGACCUGAGGGAGGCGAUCGUCAAGGGGCUGGGGCUCCAGUCGGAGGAGCUCAAGGUGUCCGGGUUCGACGUGAGGGACGCGCUGGUGGGGCAUGCGGUGGCGUACGAGUUCGACAUGGAGGUCGGGAGGAAGGCCGUGCCGGUGCGACUGCUCGAGGACGUCAACCGGUGGGACUUCGUCGACCUGCCCAUCUUCCGGUCCCAGGCCGACGCCGACGACACGGCGCUCGCCGAGAUCGGGCGGGGGAGCUUCGACCCCACGCUGCCGCCCUUCCAGCUCGCCGGGCCCAUGGAGCUCUGGAUCCAGGACGGCGACGACGUCAGGCUCGCGUUGCCGCAUGAUGUCGAAGCUGGAACCCUGAAGAAAGUUGUUCUUGCUGAUGGUGCGGUGGUAACAGUGAAAGGUGCUAGGGCGGUGAGCCUCCGUUUGCCCCUCGAACUACCACUUCCUCUCAACCGCACCACAUACAAGGGCCGCCUGUCUAGCUUGCUUUCCAUUGCUCGAGCCCUACGCGGUGCAGCUCGGUCUAAUCAGAAACCCCUGAUGUCCCUCCGGAUCGAGGGUCCAACCUCAUUAUCCUCAACCCCUUCCAUGUCUCCGAAUGACAAGCUCAAGCUCAAAAGGUUGGCCCCAGGUCAAGUGGAGCUCUCCUCGCGUGCGAUCCCUGCUGUCACAGACGAUGAGGAUGAAUCACCUAGCCCCGGAUUGUGGCCCUUUUUGUCAUUGAAUGCAUCGGAUGGCAGCCUGCAGGGGCUUGAAGAACUACUGGCGAAGGUUUUGGGCAAGAAGGCGGGUGAGAAGGGCACGUUCAAGUUGGUGAAUGCACGGGCCUCGGCACAAACAUAUGUCAAAAUGGGAUUCACGGUGGAGAAGCGGAUUGCUGAUGGAGAGGUGAACUGGUCUAACUUGCCUGAGUGGAAAACAAAGCCCAAGAAGUUGAGAGCGCACUAUGAAGUUCUUGCUCGUGUGGAGCGUGGCCAGGCGAUCCCGGAAAGGAUCGCCCAGGUGCAGCCUUUCCAGGUCGACGAGGCCAUGUCCGAGAGCAUGCUCACCGGAAACGUGUCUAGAUCGAAGAUGGAGGUAGUAAACCCCCCACCGGUUUUUUUCACUUUGUGAGACUGUGAGGGGCUGGAAGCUUUUUAUUUCCAAAGUUCUACUUGGGAUGGAUGUGGCAAAAAGUACUGAUUUUAUGCAAUGGAGCCGGGGAGCCUUCCUGUUGUUCUAAAAAAAGUACUGAUUUCUGAGCCAACAUGGAACCUGUGUUAUACUGGCUAGCUUUGUAAAUUACGGGCGCGAACAAGGAGGGCUUACAGUGAAGUGCAGCAAUAAGCAAAUUGUAUGUACACAGUAGACAUCUCAAAGCAAAGCAAAAGCGCUCAGAGCAUGGGAUGGCCGUUUUGGCUCUGGGUACCUUGAUGAACAGUAAAUUCAAACCAAAUCGUAGUUUUAAAAAUUCUUAUCUUUUUUGUAGAUGUUUCAUGUUAGUGUAACUUGAAUCUAUAUCUAUACUACUAUUAAAAGAGCAAACAUAAAUUUCCCUAAAGCCACACAACAAACCGUACACAGGAUAACCAGGACCUUCUGAUCAGAUUAACUUAAAUACAUCCCACGGUCUAUAUUACGCCAAAGAUUUGUCAUUCAGAUCAACGUCUCGGAUGCAAUGUUCUGCCGAGCAGACGCCGUCGUCUGCCAAUCGUGGGAGCGCUUCGCGUCACCCAAUCCCGGCGGCCUCGCCCGCAGCUCCUGUUUUUUGGAUCGUGACUUCUUUCUCUAGGCGCCAGAUAGAGAAACUUGAGCGCUCCUUCCUUCCCCUCCUGCCGUGCGCUUCCCACUGAUCCGCCCCCACGUCGACCCCGUCUCCGGUCGAUGCCCGUGCUCCUGCAAGCCGCCGCCGACCUCCUAUGCCGGUCAGCCGUGCCCAACUCCCCUCCUCCUCCCUUCUCUCCCCCUCUCCUCACUAAUCUCUCCUCUCUCUUCGUUCCCACGAUGCAGAACGCCAUGGCCAUGGACCAAAGCUCCGCUGGUCCCUCCCUCGCGACUGCCAGUCUUCCUCCCGACCAGAUCGACGACGGCGAUGACCAGAUCUGCCCCGCUGCCGUUCGUUUCCAAGGGACGUCCGCAGAUGGGGUUUCUUCCUCUCAGCCUCCACCACCUGCGGGCUCACCGGUGAUUGGACCUGCUCAGCAUGCAGGAUUGCGUGCUUCCUGGCGAGGUGGUCGUGUCUUGCCCGACGCGCCCUCGGCAGUCGAGUCUUUUUCCACGGUGCCCCAUCCUCCAGUAGCUCUGUCGCCAUUUGCACCACCGUGCGCCACUGCCCGCUCGCGUGAACCAUCCAGCCAUCCUCCCUGGCGCUGCAAUCUGUGAGUAUGUUGGUGCAUUGCCGAGGACUGGAGAGAAAAGGUCAGGGUCUGAUAUGCAUAUGCCAGCACUUCAUGUUGAGAACAAUUCCGAGGCACCAUCGGCACCGGAGUACUGCAUCGAUGCUGGAUCCGUUGGAAGUUUCGCAAGGUUCAUAAACCACAGCUGCAACCCUAACCUCUUUGCCCAGUGUGUCCUAACCAAUCACCACGACAUCAAGCUAGAAAAGGUGAUGCUUUUUGCUGCCGACACGGUACUUCCACUUCAGCGCGUUAUUUUUGUGUGUAGGGUAGACGGCAUGCUGGACACGCUAAGUAUAGUUAGUAAAUGAAGUUUGUCUGGGUGACAUGCCUGUGGGUCACGAUGGCAUGACAUUUUGUGAACAACUGGUUCAUAUAAGUUGAUGGAAGAUUUAAUCGAUCUUUAGACAUUUACAUGGUCAGCAUCCUGCUUUUGAUGUACCUCUGUUCAUAUUUCAGCAUAUUUGUUCUUUUUAUUACCAGGUAGCACCUAACGUCGACAACUGCGAUGUCAGGAACUCCCUCACAAUUGCCGAAUAUGUCGCUGAAAUUACAACUUCUACAGACAGACCAAGGAGUUGAGUUGUGAGGCCCCCACCUACAUGACACACCAAACUGAUAUCAAUGAGAAAAGGCGUAGUAUUCCCAUUGACUGGUUGACUGAGGUGCAAUACAAGCUUGAGCUACUAGGUGAAACACUAUUCCUUGCUGUCAACAUCAUUGAUAGAUCAAUGCAUAGAAAAACAUGUCUCGAGUUUUCUCUUGAAUGAAACCUGCAAGUUUCUCAACUAUUUAGUGAAGCUUACCUUGAAAAGAACUAUAAAUACUACAGGAAGGAGAGCAAGACAAUGACAGUUCGUUGGAAUAUGGAUUUUUAGAGGAUAUUUAUGGGUUCAAACCUCUGUAAUUACAUAUUACUUUCCUUGCUGAUGCUAUUGCUCAUGUUAUAAAACUGUCCUACUUCGCACA